UUGAGAAGCUGCAAGCGUUCAUCAGAGGCUCUGGCUCUGGCUCGAACGAUCGCCGCCCAUGGCGGGAUGGUAGCCUUCUGCCGAAGCUUCAGCACCGCCCGCUCGUCCCUCCGAUCCGUUCUUCCCGGACAGCUCUCUCUGCACGCGGCGGACGGCGACCUCCGUCGGCCGUAUGGGUACUCCUUCCCCUUCUUCGAAGACAGGCAGCAGCUCGAGACCCGCCUCGUCUCGCUCCUCGACGGCUGCCGCGGCCUCCCCCAGCUCAAGCAAGUCCAUGCGCACCUCUACCGCAAGGGCCUCGACCAAUGCUGCUACGUCGUCACCAAGCUCGUCCGCACCCUCACCGAGCUCGGCGUCCCCGUGGGGUCGUACCCGCGCGCCGUCUUCCGGCAGGUCGAGCGCCCCAAUCCGUUUCUGUACACCGCACUCAUUCGUGGGUACGCGGCUCAGGGGCCGUUUGGGGAGUCCGUCGGGUUGUACGCGAGCAUGAGGGAGGAGGGCGUCGGCCCCGUGUCCUUCACGUUCACGGCGCUGCUCAAGGCGUGCGGCGCGGCUAUUGACUUGAAUUUGGGGCGCCAGGUGCAUGCCCAGACGAUGCUGAUUGGUGGGUUCGGCUCUGAUUUGUAUGUGGGGAACUCGUUGAUCGGUAUGUACGUGAGCUGCGGCGAUUUGGGUAGCGGGCGUAAGGUGUUUGACGAAAUGCUGCACAGGGAUGUUAUUUCCUGGACGACGUUGAUAGUGGCGUACACGAAGACGGGCGAUAUGGCGUCUGCUGGCGAUUUGUUUGAUGGGUUACCGGUGAAGGACAUGGUGGCUUGGACUGCUAUGGUUACUGGGUUCGCGCAGAACGGCAAGCCGAGGGAGGCGCUGUGGUUUUUCGAGCGAAUGCAGGAUGCUAGAGUUGAGACCGAUGAGGUUACAUUGGCCAGUGUUAUCUCGGCUUGUGCUCAACUAGGUGCCUCUAAAUAUGCUAAAUGGGUUCGGGAUGUUGCCACAAAAUCUGGACUUGAGCCGACUGAGAAUGUUGUUGUGGGAUCGGCUAUGGUUGAUAUGUACUCAAAAUGUGGCAAUAUAGAGGAUGCAUACAUGAUCUUUAAAGGCAUGAAGAAACGGAAUGUGUAUACCUAUAGUUCAAUGAUUCUAGGCUUUGCGAUUCAUGGCCUUGCUCGAGCAGCGAUGCAACUGUUUGGUGAGAUGGUAGAAACAGCGACAAAACCUAAUAAAGUUACUUUUAUAGGUGUACUCGUAGCUUGCAGCCAUGGUGGAAUGGUUGAUCAGGGCAAACAAAUAUUUUCAUCCAUGGAAGAACGCUAUGGUGUUGUUCCAGAUGGUGAUCACUAUGCUUGCAUGGUUGAUCUUCUUGGUCGUGCUGGACAUUUAAAUGAAGCAUUUAAACUUACAGAGACGAUGCCUCUAAAACCCCAUGGAGGGGUGUGGGGAGCACUUUUGGGGGCAUGUCGUAUCCAUAGGAACCCUGACAUUGCUCAAAUUGCUGCAAGCCAUCUUUUUGAGCUCGAACCUCAUGCAAUUGGAAACUAUAUGGUUCUAUGUAACAUAUUUGCAUCGGUUGGUAGGUGGGAUGAUGUUUCAAAUGUGAGGAAGCUGGUGAGAGGGAAGGGAUUAAAGAAGAAUCCUGGAUGUAGCUGGUUUGAGUCAGAGAAAGGGGAGAUACACGAGUUCUUUGCAGGUGAAACAAAGCAUCCGAGGUCAAGCGAGAUAAAUAAAGUGUUAGAGGAUCUUCUGGAGAGAUUAAAGGGACAUGGUUAUCAACAGAUCCUGAGUUCAGUGGCUUAUGAUGUAAGCGAGGAUGACAAGAAGCGAAUAUUGAUGGCUCAUAGUGAAAAGCUGGCUCUGGCAUUUGGGCUGCUGGAUUCUAGCGAAAAUUGCCCUAUCAGGAUCAUGAAGAACCUCAGGAUAUGUGAAGACUGUCACUCUUUCAUGUGUGCCGUAUCUCACAUUAUUGGGAGGGAGAUUAUUGUGAGAGAUAACGUGAGAUUCCACCAUUUUAACGGUGGGACUUGUUCUUGCGGUAAUUUCUGGUGACCAGAUCAAGCACAUACAUUGCUGGAAUUCUUUGUCGUGACAGUUGUACGUUAUAAUUCUUAUCUAUAAAUGGGCUCCUGGAUUUGCUUCUUGUGAUUUUACUAAUACAAUCACGCUAUUGUUAGAUUC